GUUAAACAAGAUUUUGGUCGAGGUAGAAAUUUUAAUAUGGAACAAAGAGCAUUAAAUUCAACGCAAAACUUGAUAAAAGUGCAUCAGAAACAUUCCGAUUGAUGCAACAAGUUUACGGCAGUCAAUGUCUAGGUCGUACAGUUGUUUUUGAGUGGCAUAAGCGUUUUUUGGAAGGCAGAGAGACCCUUGAAGAUGACAAAAAAUCAGGACGGCCAAUUUUGGUUCGAACACCCGAAAUGAUCGAAAAAGUACGCGAUUUUGUUGCAAACGAUCGCAAUGCAUCACUAAGAAUGAUGGAGGAGGCUUUAAAUAUCAGUAGAGAAACGAUUCGAACCAUAUUACAUGAAGAUUUGGAUAAAACGAAGAGACAUCGUUGCAGCCGCAGAAAAUCCAAACUUCCUAAAAUCAAUUGUUACGGGUGAUGAAACAUGGUGCUUUCAAUAUGAUCCAGAAACUAAGUGCGGAAUGAAAGUCAAAAAAUUCACCACAAGCAAAAAAAGUACGAAAAGUUCCAUCAAAAAUCAAGACAAUGCUCAUCACAUUCUUUGAUAGCAAAGGUAUUAUCCACAAAGAGUUUGUUCCAACUGGCCAAACAAUUACCGGUGUAUAUUAUCUCGAAGUUUUAAAGUUAAAGCGAUUGAUAGGCAGAAUUCAUCGUAUUCGCUCCGAAUAUCGUGAUCCAGAAGAUUGGUCUUUGUUGCAUGAUAAUGUACCGAGUCACACUUCAUUGAUUAUCCGUCAAUUUUUGGCUCGAAAUCGUGUCUCUGUAUUAAACCAUCCACCGUAUUCACCUGAUUUGGCCCCCUGCGACUUCUCAUUAUUCCCAAAAUUGAAAUUGAAAUUGAAAGGACGCUUUUUUGAUGACAUUUCGACCAUCCAAUCAGCUUCUACACAGGCACUAGAGGCAAUUCCGCAAACUGAGCUAGAACAUGCAUUUGAAUCACUAUUGAAUCGCUGUAACAAGUGUAUUGAAGCCAGAGGAGAAUAUUUUGAAUAA